ACGAGGCAGCGCAGCUCACUCGCUCCGACAAUGCUUUGAAGGCACUUGCAGCUCAUCUUCGGUGAUUGGAGAGCUGAGGGGAGAGAAAGGGACAACCUCGUCUCCUCAGACACCGAGCGAGGUUGUGGUCAAAGGAGGCGGAAAGAGGCCGAAGAAAGGGAGCCACAAGAAGAGGAGGCUGACGGCGGCGGAGUUUUAAAAGCAAGAUCUCAAAGCGGCUCGGACCUCCGAGGAGGACGAGUGCUUUUCGUCGCCUGCUUUUCGUUCGAGAAAGUAACUGAUCUGCAUCCGCAUUCGUCAUGUCAUCGUCCGGUAAAGACAACAGCGGAGCCCCGCAUGCCAAUUACGUUGGACCGUACCGUUUGGAGAAGACGCUGGGCAAAGGACAGACAGGAUUGGUCAAGCUUGGAGUUCACUGUGUUACAUGCCAGAAAGUCGCCAUAAAGAUCGUCAAUCGUGAGAAACUCAGCGAGUCAGUACUAAUGAAGGUGGAGCGGGAAAUAGCCAUUCUGAAGCUCAUAGAACACCCGCAUGUUUUAAAGCUACACGACGUCUAUGAAAAUAAAAAGUACUUGUACCUUGUACUAGAACAUGUGUCCGGUGGAGAACUCUUUGACUAUUUAGUGAAGAAAGGCAGACUAACGCCUAAAGAGGCCAGAAAGUUCUUCAGACAGAUCAUGUCUGCGCUGGAUUUUUGCCACAGUCAUUCCAUAUGCCACAGGGAUCUGAAGCCAGAGAACCUGUUGCUAGAUGAAAAGAAUAACAUCAGGAUAGCAGAUUUUGGUAUGGCCUCUCUUCAGGUUGGAGACAGUCUUUUGGAAACCAGCUGCGGCUCUCCACACUACGCAUGUCCAGAGGUCAUCAGGGGGGAGAAGUAUGAUGGGAGGAAAGCGGACGUCUGGAGCUGUGGGGUCAUUCUUUUUGCCCUAUUGGUGGGAGCGCUGCCAUUUGAUGACGACAACCUGAGGAAUCUGCUGGAGAAAGUGAAGUUAGGAGUGUUCCACAUGCCCCACUUCAUCCCUCCAGACUGUCAGAACCUCCUGCGGGGCAUGAUCGAAGUGGAUGCCUCCAAAAGACUAACGCUAGAACAGAUCCAGAAGCACACAUGGUACAUAGGGGGUAAGAACGAGCCCGAGCCUGAGCAGCCUGUGCUACGGAAGGUGACCAUACGCAGUCUCCCAUCUGCAGACGACAUCGACCCCGACGUCCUGGACAGUAUGCACUCUCUGGGCUGCUUCAGAGACAAGAACAAACUGCUAAAAGACCUCCUCUCGGAUGAUGACAACCAAGAAAAGAUGAUCUACUUCCUGCUAUUGGACCGUAAAGAGAGGUACCCCAGUCAAGAGGACCAGAACCUUCCCCCUCGCAAUGAGAUUGAUCCUCCUAAGAAACGGGUCGAUUCGCCCAUGUUGAACCGACACGGCAAACGACGACCAGAGAGGAAGUCCAUGGAGGUCCUCAGUGUCACAGACGGCGGUUCACCAGUGCCGGCCAGGAGGGCCAUUGACAUGACACAGCAUGGUCAACGUAGGUCAGUAUACAGUAAAAGCUUGGAUAUUCCAGAUGCCAGGAUAAAAUGCAGCAAAGAAGAAAGGUCGCGGUCUAUUAGCGGAGCCUCCUCAGGCCUCACCACCAGCCCGCUUAGCAGCCCACGGCCUGUUAGAAAGUUUGGGGGUCCACCUCAAUCCCCUGACUUACCGCAGUCCCCAAACACCAGCCCCAGCCCAUCCCCUGAGCCCCUUCCAAAUCGUACAGGUCCUCGUAUGUCUACACCUAACUCGCUGGCGCCGAGCACCGAGGCCCUGCCAACCACCCUGAACAAGACCCAGACGCUCCCGACCAAGCCUAAACUUGCGCCGAAGCCUCUUCACGCGACACGAUCCAACCCGCUCCCAGAAACCUCAUUAGAUGCAGCAUCCUUGUCCGAGUCCUCGGCUUCCUGCCAUAUCCCAUCGCGCGCUCCAUCGGCCUCCAUACCGCCCACACCCGCCUACGUACUUUCACCGACCUCCCCAAGCCCAGUCGCUUCAGUCCUAAACAGCCCCCAAGUGCGUCGCUCCCAGUUCGCUGCCAACCCCCAACUCUCUGUGCCCUUCAGCCCGGUGGUGCCUCCCUCCCCCAUCAGGCUGCACCACUUUCACCCCGUAUCACCCACACAUUCUUUCUACGCUGACCACCCAGCUAAAUCUAUCCCCCUCAUACAGGUCACCCCUCACCCUUCCCCUCGAGGCAGUCCCCUACCCACCCCAAAGGGCACCCCGGUGCACACGCCCAAGGACAGCCCGGCCGGGACUCCCAGCCCGACCCCACCUCCCAGCCCCUCCAUUGGCGGCAUGCCAUGGAGGACGCGCCUCAAUUCUAUCAAGAACAGUUUCCUGGGCUCACCGCGCUUCCACCGCAGGAAACUCCAAGGUCUGUUUCCCACACAAGAAGAGAUGUCCAGCCUCACUCCAGAGUCUUCCCCAGAACUUGCCAAAAAAUCCUGGUUUGGUAACUUCAUCAACUUGGAAAAAGAGGAGCAGAUCUUCAUUGUCAUCAGGGAUAAGCCUCUCAGCUCCAUCAAGGCCGAUAUCGUUCAAGCAUUUCUAUCGAUCCCAAGCCUGAGCCACAGCGUCAUUUCACAGACCAGUUUCCGAGCAGAAUACAAGUCCACGGCUGGCCCGACAGUCUUCCAGAAGCCGGUCAAAUUCCAGGUGGACAUCACCUACACAGAGAGCACAGCUGCCACCAAGGAGAAUGGCAUCUACUCCGUCACCUUCACCCUGCUCUCAGGACCCAGUCGGCGCUUCAAGCGGGUAGUGGAGACCAUUCAAAGCCAGUUGUUAAGCACACAUGACCAGCCUGGAGUCCAGCAACUAUCUGACGAGAAGAACGGCCAGGUGCCAUCCUAGCGCUGCCCGUCGCCCGCGCACGCCCGCAGGCAAAAGCAGGAAAACAAUGCCGCCAAAUGCCCGCUCGUGAAGUUGAUGCUACAAGAGGAGUCGAUAGAUCCAAACUAAAUAGGAAAACCAUCACCAUCAUCUCCUCAUCCCUCCUCCGCAUCAUCUCGCGCCCUUUCGUCGUGCUGCUAAAGCGUGUGUGCUAAUCUCACUUGUCUCUCAUCCCAGGACUUAUCCAGAAAACCUAUUAAGUCCCGCCUCCAUCCCUCCCCACUGACCCGCCAACAUCCCCCUGCCCCUCCCGAGAGACGGUGGUGCGCAUGAAGAACUGCUUUUGAGAGGUUUGGGUGACCAUGGAAAUCGACCUUUCAUGCAGACUAGUACCUUCAUCUCUCCCAUCCCGGUGUGCCCCGACAGUAGAAGUAGAGGACAAUUCCUUUGGUGUUCCCAAACCCCCUGGCCCCUCCAUACACUCUUUCUGGGCACGCUUGCCUCAGAAAAAAAGCAUUUUGCUAAGAGACUCACCUUGCAAACCAGCACAUUUCCAGUACGCACACUUAACUCUGGGAUGUAUUACCGAGAAGAAGAAGACACAAGCAGGAGGCGGAGGAGAGUCGACAUGGAUGCUCGCUGGAUUGUAUUUUUAUUUUAUUUUUUUCCUUUAAUGUGCUUUCUUUGAGAUGAACUACAUCUAAAACUCUGACUUGACCUCAACUACCAUUAUUGCUGCAAAUGAAUUGGAACUGCGAGAAGUUGGAGGGUCGGUCAUAACAGUGUGGACGGACGGAUGGUUAUCUUGAAAAUGAAUGCUUUAUUCUCUUGUAGAGACUGCUGUCAUUUCUGAUGUAGUCAAAGAGUUGUCUCGUUGUGACACAUUGUUUUGGUAGCCUAUAGGAUAAAUCAUCGGUGUACUUUUGGUCACAUGAUCAUUUUUGUCUAUCAUGUUCUCUGCAGCACUUUGGUCUUCAGUUCUCCAUUCAGACCUCUCUCACGUACUUACCAGCAGUAGAAAAAAAAAAAAAGAAACAAACAUGAUGUGCUUAUUUUUGUAUUUUUGGCCCUUAUUUAUUCAUCUCACGGUGUCAUUUCCUAAUUUAUUUUAACUUGACUAUUUAUAUGAACAAAGCUGUUAGGUCAGUUGAAUGUUAUUUAUGAUUACCUUCUUGUGUGUUUGUAAAUGGGGCAUUGUUUGAAGAAAAACAAGAUCUAAUUUUAACUGAAUGAUGAGUUCUUUCCUUAACAAUGAGGAGGAAGAAUCUGUGAAAACAAAACGAAACUAAAAAAACAUACCAGUGAUUUAAGAAUGUAGACUUAGCCUCUUUUUGGAGAGAGGGAAUGCUCUUUUAUUGAUAUUUGUCAGUUUCUAUAUUAUUGUUUGCGUAGGCUGGGCCUGUAAAGGACAACAUUAAUCUACGGAUCUCUUUGUAAAUAGAUGGUUCAAAAAUGGGGUUGAUUGUCUUCUUUACCAUGCUGGAGAUUCCUGCUCUAUACGUUUAGCUUGUAUUGCUGUGUGCAUGUCAAACAUGAGCUUUUCUUUGCAUGGCUUUUGGUGCAACUGUUUCACGCUGAUUAAUCGCCACAAAACUACCUUUUACGUUGCCCCUCCUCCCGUUGCUUCUUACCCUGGCUUUUAUUUCUGCCUUUUUUUUGUUUGUUUUCAAUCUUUUCUCCCACCCGCUGAUCUUUUCCUCCUCCUCUUUAUCUUGUGGUCAACGUUUUUGAGCAAUGCCUCUCACUCUACGCCAUUGCACUGAGGUCUUGGACAUCUGAGCUGUCUUAGGUGGGUACUGUAUACAGAAGACACAGGGAGAGGAUAUCAAUACUUACCAAUACAAAGCAAUACCCUCAUGUCAACUCUCCUUUGUUUCUACGAAUGGAAAGAACGGAGCUCAGAGGACAGUCAAUGAUACAGAGAGUCAGAGCAGGAACUACACAGACUGAUGUAAUCCCCAUAUAUAACAUAACGACUGUGAGCAUCAUCAGUGCUAAGAAAAUAAAAUCAUUCCGUUA